AUGCCCAGAGCAGAGUAUACAACAGAACACUUUCCUCCUACAGCCCAGCAAACGUUGGCCUUGCACAGUCCUUUCAAGUGCAGAGACGGGCUGGAACAGGGGGAUGAACUCUAUUUGCCAAAAGCUCCUAGAUACCUUCUGGGUCCUUUUCGCUGCCCAGCACUGGAGCAGCGAGUGGCCACAGGAGAUGAGCCGACUCCAUCGUCAGGAGUGGCGGCUGUGCUCUGCUGGACCAGCCGUGAGCAGAUGUCCCACGCCCUAGGUCAGAGGAGCCCCAAUAAGACGAGUGAGAACAAAGCGCAGGAAACCAGGGCCCUGUGCAAACACGUCACAUGCCAUUCACUGCCACCAGCAUGUGCCCUGAUGGAGAAGCUUCCCACAGUGAGAAUCACCUCCCUUAAAGCCAAGAGCAGGAGAUACAGCAUUGUAGUAACAAUCAUUUCUGUACGCUCCUUGCUGCAGGCUGGUUUUCCAGAAGCAGACACAGAGGAGGGACUCGGUGGCAGGAUGACUGUGGCAGUGUGUGGACGGAAAGGAUGCAGGAUGGAGCAGAGAGAGCAGAUGAAUAGCAACACAGUCCCUGGAAAAGCCUCAGCUAAGCCCCUGCAGAGCUCAGGAGCAGAAUGCAGCCUUGUGGUGGUGAAGGGGCUUGCAGGACCCAAUAACGUCAUGAGCCAUGCCUUGCAGGGCCUCCUAAACGAUGCUGCUGUCAUUAAAAAAGAAAGUAUAAAGGAAGAAUGGGUUUGUGAAACAGGAUCUGACCACCAACCUCUUAGUGAUAGUCCAAAUUGUGAAUAUUUUGUUGACAGCCUUUUUGAGGAAGCUCAGAAGGUUGGUGCCAAAUGUUUGUCUUCCACUGAACAAAAGAAACAGGUAGAUGUAAGUAUAAAAUUAGGGAAAAAUGGAUUCGCUGUCAAUGAUGAUUUCAGAAGUUAUUCUGAUGGUGCAAGUCAACAGUUUCUGAACUCCAUCAAAAAAGGGGAAUUACCUUUAGAAUUACAGGGAGUUUUUGAUAAAGAGGAGAUGGAUGUUAAAGUUGAAGAAAAGAAAAAUGAAGUAUGUAUGUCAACAAAGCCUGUGUUCCAGCCCUUCUCAGGACAAGGUCACAGACUAGGAAGCGCUACACCAAAAAUUGUUUCUAAAGCAAAGAAUAUUGAAGUUGAGAAUAAAAAUAAGUUGUUUGCUGUCCCACUAAACAAUCUGGAACCCAUCACUAAUAUACAGAUCUGGUUAGCCAAUGGGAAAAGGAUUGUCCAGAAAUUUAACAUUUCUCAUAGGAUAAGCCACAUCAAAGACUUCAUCAAAAAAUACCAGGGAUCUCAGAGCAGUCCUCCCUUUUCCCUGGCAACUGCUCUUCCUUUCCUCAAAUUGCUAGAUGAAACACUCACACUGGAAGAAGCUGAUUUACAGAAUGCUGUAAUCAUUCAGAGACUCAAAAAAAACUGCUGAACCUUUUAAAGAACUUUCA